AUGGCUUCCCGUCUCUCUUCACUGGAUCUAACGGCGGUUAAAGAGGCAUACUCUUUGAUCAAGAGCAAGAUAUUGAAAACUCCAGUCCACAAGUUAGCAUCUCUAUCACACAUUGUCAGCAAUUCCAUAUUCCAGGAGGUCAAUGCUCAUAGCGCCGGCGUCCCAAAGAUCAAUGUAUUUUUCAAAUGUGAGAAUCUACAGAAGACCGGUUCGUUUAAAUUCCGCGGUGCUUCCCACUUUGUAGCAAGGCAGAACGACCGGGCUCUCCGGAAUGGUCUGGUUACCUAUAGCACUGGCAACCAUGCUAUUGCGCUGGCCCAAGCGGCAGCGUAUGCAUCAGAGGAGAGAGGCUUCCCCAUACCCCUGGCUGUCCUGAUGCCCAAGACUGCAGACAAGGGCAAAAUCGCCAUGCUCGAGCGUAUGGGGGUUACCGUAUCCACCCAUCAACCAACGAUGGAGGCUUGUGCGGUACGAGCGGAAGAGCUGCAACGGGAAGCUGGUACAACGCUCGUUCCGCCGUCUGGCCACCGACACAUCGUCCUGGGCCAAGGAACUGUCAUGCUUGAAUUUCAGCAGCAGGUGACAGGCCGAGGCGAGAAACCACUAGACGCAGUCAUCGUACCGAGUGCUGGGGGUGCACUGCUGGCCGGCACAGCCCUGGUAUGCAAGGAGGCUAGUUCUCCCAUCGAUGUAUUUGGAACCGAGCCGCUUGAUGGCGGUGCUGCCCUCUUCCAGAGUCGGAAACGAGGCCACCAAGUUGCUCCCUUUACAAACAAGUCCACUAUCGCUGACGGCCUCUGUUCUCCCGUGGCUAAGUCUAACUGGGACAUCCUCCGCAGCAACACAUACGUACAAGAUGUGUAUCCAGCAUGUGACGACGAGAUCCGGGCCGCCAUACGACUAAUUAUCGAGAGUACAAAGCAGCUCGUCGAGCCAAGUGCAGCCGUGCCGCUAGCCGCUCUGCUGUUCAAUAAACGCCUCCGAUCCAACCUGGCUCGGAGAAACGGCCCGUUAAAUGUUGGUAUUAUAUUGAGUGGAGGGAAUACAAGUGUAGAGAGGUUGCUCGCAUUGUUGUCAUAA